UAACAACGAUGGAGGAAGUUGUCAAGGUGGAACUCAUAGAGAAUGAAACGUCAGCUAGACAGUCUGGGUGCAAUUUUGAAGUGCUGUCAUCCAUUGAGGAAUUGAAUAACUAUAUAAAAGCUCAAGAGGAAGCGACGUUAUCGAAAUUCAUUGUAUAUAAUAAGGACAAGACGUUUGGAAAUGACCAUUACCGACCAGGGCCUGGCCAGCCCAUUGGGCAUAUUUCAUGGUUGGGGGACAAUGUGCCUCACAUACGUAUUGGGAGAAAGAGAUAUGGGCUGCCAUCAGGGUCGUGACAAACAGGUCAAAGCGAAAGAAAGAUACAAAGAGCAGAAGAGGAAGGCUGAAGAGGAAGGCCAAGCAGUUACCAAGAAAAGACGUCUUUACCAAGACUCAAAGAAACUGUCCUGUCCAUUCCAGUUCACAGCAAUACAGAUUUUGAAAUUUCCUGAAUUUGAGGUUGAACAUGGAUCAUCCCCUUAUUUAAAGCAAAAGACAGCUGCUGUGAUCAAGUCUGCCAUUAAAGAGGGAGAGCCAAUAGAGAUGGUAAUGGAAUAUCAUGUUAUUAUACCACCCAAGGAAGAGCACAGAAACCAUCCCAUUGAAGGACCAAUUGCACACUUGAGAGAACGGGUGGCAGAGGAGGUAAUAGACAAGAUUACAGAGCUAGCAAGACAAGGUGUGAAAAAAGUGUCAGAAAUGAAGCCUCAUCUAGAGAGAUAUGUAGAAAAUGAUUUAGGUGUUCGAGAUGAAACAAAAACGAGACGUCGUUUUUACCCAACAAAUAAAGACUUUCAGAACAUCAUGCAGCGUGCAAAAAAGAGGCCAAACCAGUCAAUAGUUGAUAAGGAGAGCCUGCAAGAGUUGAUAGAAAGAUGGCAGGCAGAAUCCCCUGGUGACUGUAUAUAUUUUAGACCCUGGAGUCCAUCCCAAUCUCUCCUUUUGUGUUAUCAGACAGUGGAACAAAAACGCCUCUUGAAACUAUAUGGAAACCACUUGUGUCUUCUUGAUGCAACCUAUCGGACUUGUAGCUAUGCUCAGCCUCUGUAUUUUUUGUGUGUGAGGGCCAAUGUGGGUUAUUUUGUUGUAGCUGUGUUUAUAGCACAGCAUGAAGCCUCUACUGCUGUUCAAGAGGCUCUGGAAAUCAUUAAAGAAUGGAAUCCAAAUUGGAGACCAGGAUGUUUCCUUGCAGAUUUCAACAAUGAAGACAUCAUGGCCUUAGAAACAGUGUUCCCAGAUACAUGUGUCUUGUUAUCAGACUUCCACCGCGAGAAGGCGUGGAGUGAGUGGCUUUGCAAUGAGGACAAUGAAGUGUCACACAUUGGGAUAACCAUAAAAAACAUGCUCAACCGAAUAGCCCAGGCAUCAACAGUGCCUCUUUAUCAUGAGGCACUGAAUACUUUCCAGUCAAGUUCUGUUUGGAGGGACUCACAAGAAAUCAAGGAUUGGUUUUCAAACACGUGGCUGCCUAAUGUUCAGCGCUGGGCUACAGCUUUCCGAUCCAGUACACACACUUUGCUCAUUCGAAUGAAUAAUGGCAUAGAAAGACAAAAUGAGCUCUUGAAGUCAUCAUUUCUAGAUGGAUACAAGAACUGCUCCUUGAGUAAUCUCAUGACAGUCAUAGUCACUGACUUUCUUCCAAAAUCUUAUAAAAGAUAUGUGGAAUUGAACAGGAGAAGAUCAUUCAAGUACACAAACUCCGAUGGUGAGUUGCCCACGUUUCUACAUGAGUUACCCCUCGAUGUGGCCCAGCAUGUGAUGAAGCGCUGGUAUGGGAACCUAUCGUCAGAGAGUAUCCACCAAGGGUCCAACAAGAGCAUGUUCCUGGUUGCUAGUGAAAUGGGGAGCAGUCUGCAUUAUGAGGUGCAUCUCGGGAACGAUGUGAUGCCGCCUUCGUGCACCUGCAUUGACUGGGGGAGAUAUAUGCUCCCUUGCACCCACAUAUGUGCACUGUUGCAGUCAGAGAUAUGUUCAUGGGAGAGCUUGAGCCCAGUGUUCACAAAUAAUCCAAUCUUGAAAAUUGACCCAGAGUGUGUAUCCAGUAUGCAGAGCAUGGUGAAAAUGGAAAAUACAGACUAUGGGGAUUCAGUGUGUAAAAUUUUUAUAAAUGAGAUAGACAGGGAACCAUUUUCUACUCAAGAGAAAAAGAACAGAACACUGAAGAAAAGCUGUGUUGAAAAACUACGUUUAUUGACCAGAUACGUAAAUGCCUUACAUGACGAUGAGUACCUGGAGGAGCUUAAUGAUGAACUUGAUGACAUGGUUAGAACCAUCAGAGCAGGGGUCCAGAUCAUCACAGAUCAGUGAUGUCUAAAGAAGAUAGCCCCACCAUGUCUGCAACUGUGAUGGAGCACCUCAGCAUCUCUCUUUCUCUUUCUCUUCUUAUCUCUCUCUCUCUCUCUCUCUCUCUCUCUCUCUCUCUCUCUCUCUCUCUCUCUCUCUCUCUCUCUC